GUAUAAGUAGGUCGUCAAACUCAACCAACUAGAUGUCAAUAACUUCAAGAUCAAAGAUGAACACCUUUUACACUACAAUAGCUCUCCUCGUCGUCUUUUUGGCCAUUUUUAUCAAACAUACGAGUGCCGCUCAUGGUUCAAAAUGCACAGGGAACCCAAAGCAAUCCAUUAACUCGGUGGUCGAAUGUAUGAAGACAGAUUAUGAUCGUGUACAAAGACCCAAUGGAACCGACGGAAAAGCACUAAAGGUUAGCGUUGACAUCGUUGUCAUAACAAUUGGAAGCUUGAAUGAUAUAGAAAUGGAUUAUUCUCUGGAAUUCUACAUGCGCCAGCGAUGGAUAGAUCCUCUUCUGCGUUUUGAUCAAGGAUCGCUUGGCAUCAACGGCACCUAUGCUGUUCUUGACCAAAAUCUUAUUCAAAAUCUGUGGCGCCCUGAUAGCUACAUAGAAAACAUGAAGUCCCUCAAGUUCAGUUUCCAGGCUGGCCCCUUUAUCAACCAGGGCUUUAGGCUGUUCCCUAAUGGUAUGGUUCUUGUCAGCUCAAGGAUUAGCUCAACCUUGUCAUGCGCAAUGGAGUUUACUAACUUCCCCAUGGACAAACAAAGCUGCCCAAUCACGUUGUCAAGCUAUUUUUUCACCGAAGAAGACCUGUACUAUGACUGGGGCGAAGUGUACAUCUAUGACGGCGUGGAGAUGAAUCAGUUUGAUAUUCUUGGGGUAGAAAGCAAGAGAAGUAGCCUGAAGUUCACGUCUGGUGUCUACAGUUCUCUUAAAGCAACCUUCAAAUUUCGCCGUCGAAUCCAAAAUUUCAUGCUCGGUUUCUACAUCCCCUCAAUCCUGACCGUCAUGCUUUCCUGGGUGUCCUUCUUUAUCAGUCCCAACUCGGCUCCUGCCCGCUGCGCCCUCGGUAUCAUCACAGUUCUUGCUAUAGGAGGCUUCUUGACCGGUCAGCGAAAGUCUUUCCCAACUGUGUCUUACGUGAUGGCCGCUGACUCGUUCAUACUGAUUUGCUAUGUGUUUGCAUUCCUGGCCUUGUUGGAGUAUGCCGCUGUACAUUAUUUCUUUGUUUACGACAAGCAGUUGUAUCAAAUGAACAAGGCAAUGGGAAAAAAAAUGAAAGGAAACACCAACGAAAACUUCAUCGACGAAGGAGAAUACGAACCAGGAGAUGAGGAAGAAGAAGAAGAAGUCCAGAAAACCGAAAAAGCCAAGCCCAAGGAGGUCUUCGUGACUCCAAUUGAAGCGUUUAACAGCAACAGCGCCGACAUGACCCUCCCAACCACCGAGAAGAAAGGCAAGAAAAAGAGAAGCUUGUGUAAUAUUCUCUAUUCCAUUCUGACCUGGCCAUCGAGGCUGUUUACCACUAUCAAGGAAGAUGCGUUGAUCAUUGAUAAAGUUGCUCGAGUUGUCUUUCCCUUGAGCUUCGCCAUUUUUAAUGUUAUUUACUGGUCAAUCUAUAAGACUGAGCAUAAUAGUGACGUCUUGAAACACUAAUGUUGCAACAAUAACUCAUUUUCGAUUUAGCUUACUAUCAAUAGAUGUCAUUUCAAGUCAGGAAUAUAGUUUCUAACAGCUAAAGGCCAAGCUGCUUUCGAUAGUAAGUGUGCAUAGUUGUUAGCACAUGCUGACUGGCAGUGUUGGCGCUGUCAUUGUGGUCUGCCAAUGAGACUGGAGAUUCAUAAGAUUCAUUCAGCUGGUUGAGACGAGUAAUAGAAUACUCUCUGGUUUUUUAGCACAUGAUAGCAAUAGCAAAAGCUUUCAAUAGUAAGUGAGCGUAGUUGUUAGUAGAUGACGGCAAUGCCGGUUUGCCUUAAGAUUAAUUGUACUCGGGGUCAUGCAAUCGUUUUUCAUCCACAAUACACAAAAAUUCAUACAAAAAAGUGUUUGUGGGCGUGUUUUUCACGAAGUACGAAAUAAGGCUUAUUUGCAUGUUUCUUUCGAUCAAUCAGGAUCGAGUAAUUUAUUGAAUGUGCUAUAAGAAUUUAUCAAUCGAAAGUGAGUUAUUGGUACUUAAGACAUUAUUUUGUUUCAUAAAUCAUACCAUUUUUGCUAUAAUGAAAUUUUGGGGCUGAGGAAUGAGGUCAAAACAAUUGUUUUCUAGAUUUAGGUAGUGAAUUAAAACGGGACAUUCUUUACUAUAUCCAUGGAAAUUUUAGUCUCCCACACAGCCGCUUUCAUUGUUGUCACGCAACUUUCUCCCCUGAGUAGGGGGAGAAAGCGUUGAGCGAUGACAGUGAAAGCGGCUGUGUGGGAGACUAUGGACAUUUUGGUAGAUACUAGACUUUCGCAAAUUCCGCCGCCCGCUUUGUGUUUUUUUUCCACUGUCGCUCGCUCGCUGCGCUCGAAUUAAAAAACUCCAGGAAAACAAGAGAGGUCGACUUGAGGCAAGUCUAUGUAGAUACUUGAGUGCGAAAUCUAGGAUUAGACGUCCCGAGGUGCAUGUUGGGUACCGGAUAACUACCAGUCCUGUGAUUGGUCCCCUUCAGAUGAAAAUUGUUCUGACCUCUUGCCUAAUGAGCCAGCUAUCUGCUACAUGGGAGGGGGAAAUGACGCUCAUAUCUAGCAUGCUUAUGACCAUAAUAAUAAUAAUAAUUGGUAUUAGAAAAUUAAUGGUUCCGACUCACCUUAGUUACCGUUGCUAUGUCCCAGAAGCUCGACAAAGUGACUAAAAUAUCUCAGAAUUUAAAACUCUGAUCGCGACAAAAGAUUUAUUAUGAUUCGCUUCAAUUUUCUAAUUUCCUAGUAAAAUAAAAUAAAAUUGCCUCGUAAUCAUU